GGACGCUUAGUUUGCGUGAGGACGCUUAGUUUGCGUGAGGGAUUAGAGUCCCCGUUGCCCUAAAAGAGUUUCCAAGGGGGCGGCAGGAGCUCGUUCUUCAUCCGUCCAAGCCCUUUUACAGCACUUACUGGUUAUUCUCUCUGGUGACUGUCAACUAAGGUGUUAGUAAUGUUUUCGUGUUAUAGAGAACUCACAUCUGCUGAGUGUCUACCGUCUGAAAGGCUGUGUACCGUGUGUAUAUUCAUCCUCUCAUGUAGUCCCUUGACAGCCCAGUGAGAUGAGGAAACUAAGAAACUUACCCAAGGCCGGAUAGCAUAUGUCAGAAUCUGGUUUAGAAGCCAGGGGGUUUUAACCUCCUGGUGUGUUCCCUCUGCCACUCUGCUUUUAAUAGUUUUAGGAUGUAAUAGUAUUCUAGAUUUUUAUUAAUUCAUCUUUUUCCGCAAUUUUUUUUUUUUUUUGAGAGAGAGAGAGUGCACUGGGGAGAGGGGUGGGGGGCAGAGCAGAGGGAAAGGGAGAGAGAUCUUAAGCAGGCUCCACGCCCAGAGCAGAGGGGGCUCUAUCUCACACGGGACUUGAUAUCGCACGGGGCUUCAUCUCACCACCCCGAGAUCAUGACCUGAGCUAAAAUCAAGAACCGCUGCUCAACCAACUGGGCCACCCAGGUGAAGAAACACAAAAAUAAGGAAGUCAACGGGUCUUUCCCAAGGUCAAAGAUCAGGGAGAUGGCCUCCUCAGGACUAUACAAGCUGGAUAAUGGGAAGCCUUACCUGAACAACUGCUUUCCAGCCAAAAAUCUCCUUCGGAUGCCAGACGAAGGCCGAGGACACUGGUUAGUGGCUCGGAAAUGUAACCUCAAGAAGAAGCCCAAGAGUGUGCUUGAGGCACCAGCUAAAGGUCAGGAAAGCCAGAAGAAGGCUUCUAAGGUCAGGGGGAAGAAAGGGUUUCAACAGGAAAACCAAGAGGACGUUCCUGGACAUGUGCUGGACCGAGCUUUUCUGCUGAAGCACCAUUGUGUGAGGAAGCCGUCAGACCUGUGCAACAUUAACGUGAGCGGCCUGAAGUUCUCCAAGGCUAAGGAAAAGGACUUCGAGCAUUUUCAUUCGGUGAUUUACAUCAAUGCCUCAGAAAACCUGCUUCCUCUAGAGGCAUUUCAUACAUUUCCAACCUUAAAGGAACUGGAACUUGCAUUUAAUGGAAUCAAAACAGUUUAUGUGAAAUAUGGAGAUUUUAAGUCCUUGCAAUUUCUGGACCUUUCCUUCAACAGCCUGACUACAGAGGCCAUUUGUGAUCUGGGGAUUCUGCCACACCUCCGUGUCCUGCUCCUUACAGGCAACGGGCUCACCUCCCUGCCACCCAAUUUGGCUGUCACAGAACAGAUCCCUUGCGCUCACAGGGAAGCAUCCGCAACAUCACUGACAAGCAGGAGGUACACCCUGAGGUUCCCAGCGCUGGAGACACUGAUGCUGGAUGACAACAAGCUCUCCAGCCCCAACUGCUUUGCCAGCCUGGCCGGGCUCAGAAGACUGAAGAAGUUAAGCCUGGACAAAAACAGGAUUUUCCGGAUCCCGUACCUACAGCAGUUUCAGCUCCGCGACGGGUCAGGGGACUGGGUUGGAGGCAGGGGGAGUCCCCAGAAAGAGCCCCAUUCCAUGCGACAGCCCAAGUCGUGGAUGUUUGAGGCCUCAGACGAGCAACCAGAUUAUACUGUACUGCCCAUGAAAAAGGAUGUUGACCGGACAGAGGUUGUGUUCUCAUCUUACCCUGGAUUUUCAACCUCAGAGGCAACCAAGGUAUGUGCACUUCCUCCCAUAUUCGAGAUUCUUCCCGUGAAGUCACUGAAGGCCAGGAACCAGACGCUGGCCCCGCCCUUUCCAGAGCUGAGGUGCCUUAGCCUGGCCUACAACAAGAUUGCAAAGGAAGAUGCCCUCCUGCCAGUAGCUCUCUUCCCAUCUCUCUGCGAGCUCAUCUUUCAUAACAACCCUCUGGUGGCCCAUACACGAGGGGUCCCUCCACUGCUGAAAAGCUUCCUCCAGGAGCGGCUGGGGAUCCAUUUGUUUCGCAAGAAGAUAAUAAAAGCUAGGCAUCAUAUUUUGAUGCCUCAGAAGGACUCAAGGAAGGUGAAAACCCAAGUCCCAAAGGUGCCAAAGCAGCCUCUGAUUCUCCACCACCUCCCUGUGACCACAGCCCGGUCUCCCUCAAAGGAGAGCCCAGAGUCUGAGGCAGGGCCGACUGAAGAGUUGUCUGCCACCGAAAGCAGUCUUCUGGAGUCACAGAUACCUAUCGAGGGCGUGGAGGGCCUUUCCCUGGCCCACAGGACCUUCGUGCCCCUGCCUCCCAUCUACUCCGAUUCCACCCUGCACAGUGAAGAGACCAUGUCCCACCGCAGUGACAGACCCGGCCGCCUCAGCCCGGAGCACCUGUCAGAUGAGGACACCAAGAGCAUGGAGUCCAUAUUCUUGACCCAGGUGGGUGAGCUGCCUUCCUACAUCCUCCAGAGGGAUGAUUCAGCCAUGAAGAAGGAAGAGCAAAGACCACCCCACACAGCUCCCAGAGAGGUAAAGAGGGCUUGGAGGAAGCUCCCACCUGCCUCCCUCCCCAGCAAGUACCAUGGCUACGAGGAGCUGCUGACGGCCAAGCCUGAUCCAGCCUUUAUUGAGCCAAAGGGGCUCCAGAAAAACGCGCAGGCCCUGCAGCGCAUGCUCAAGUGCCCGCUGCUCUACCGCUCUUCCAAGCCCAGGCUGGACGCGCUUCAGAAACACUACGUGCCCAAGGAGAGGCGGGCCCAGAGGACCCCCGUGCCACCGCCACGGAAGACUCGAGCCCAGCUGCUGGAUGACCUCCUCCUUCGCAUGCGGGAUCCCCGGAACAUUACAGAGGCUCCACUCGGUACAGCUCUGCCCCCGGCGCCCCUCCCCGUCCACGUCCCCAGCGGCCGGAAGCGAGAUCGAGAAGUUCGCUCGUCUGCUGGUGGGAGGCGGAGGGCCCUUGGCGUCUGCCCGAGCCCACCCGGUGUGCGGAUGGAGAAGCUGAGGCCGGCCUGGAGGGAGGCCGGGAGUUGCCUAGAGUCACCAGCGCGUUACAGACCCGGACUAAGGCUUGAGGUGGAAUCCGAGCCCCGAGCUGCGGAGGCCCAUCUUCAGUGCCCGUAGCCACUUCCUCUCACUCCAUCCGCUUUCGGGGCGGGGG